GCGUCAAGCCCCCCCCCCAAAACCGGAAACAGAACGUUUCGACCACGAUAGAGGGAUACGCUAUGGAAAGCAACACAACACCGGCAGGAGUUGAUUCAUUAUUGUGAUCAUCACCAUCGUCUCUAAAUUGAAUAAAGUAUGCUCUUUAGCGAGCCCUUCAUGCGGAGGAGGUGAGCCUGGUUGGUCACAGGGAUAUGGUAAUGUAUAGUGACUAGCGCUGGACACAACAACAACAAGGAACAGCAGAUUUGCCUGUGAUGAGUUGCGAAGGCACUGGUUUGGGGGCCCUGGGCCCACUUGCAGGGUAUUGGGAAAAAGUCAGUCGAACUCAUUGUCUUCCUCUCCUCUACCCUUACUGUCACUUGUGCAAAGCUAUUUUGGAUUUAAGGAUUUAUAUUGGGUAUAAUAUCCUUAUUGUAUCCAAAUCAAAAUCCAACAAAAAGAAUACUCAAAUGAAAAUUGGAAAUCUUUGCUUUCGAAAGGCGAAACGUUUGUGUGGAUGUUUUUUUGUUGUUGAGGGUUAUAUCAAUUUCUAUGCCUCCUGGUACAUCGCACAUAAUGCAUGUCCCUGUGAAUUCCUUCUCAAAUCAAUGAACUUCAUUACGAUUGGACUGGACUUUGUAAUAUUUCAGCUCUGAUACUUUCAUAGUCGCUCUAACAAACUCAAUGAUCCUGUGUACUCUGACCUGAUACUCCAGUGUACUAUAUGACAUUGACAUAUUAUCUAAAUAUCUUAUAAUCAAUGAUACUGUAUUUGAUACACUUAAACAGGGGGUGGACCAACUCCAGUCCUCGAGGGUCUGAUUGCCGUCACACUUCUUUAACACAGCUGAUUAAUCACAUUGUAUUCUAAACUGAAGAUCGUGAUUAGGUGAUUAUUGGAGUCGGGGGCUGUGGCACCUAUCAGGACCUCGAGCACUGUAAUUACCCACCCCUGCACUAAAGCACUGAAUUAUAUUUAGAAAGAUAUUGAAUGAUAUUCCAUGUUACUGUAUGACACUCACCUGUGCUCAAUUAUGCUGUACGAUGCUCUGUGAUGCCUUACGGUAUGUUGUCUCCUAGGCGACAAAGCUGCCCUCCACUUCUCCUGAUAUCGAUCAGGUUAUUUAACAUGUUCUUUGUUGUCCAUAAUGAUUGGUCCCUGCAGAUCCAGGAGCGCUCAGACUCGUUGGAGACCUGUCCAUGGUGUGCUGCUAAAGGGCAGACUCAGGCCCUGCGUUCCUAUAGGAUUGGCAUCCAGGACUUCGUCACCCUCUGCACUGACCCGCAGUGUCUGUUUCCCUUGGUCUCCAGGCCUUUGGAAGAUGUCCUGGCCAGCCUCGUACCCCCUCUACCCCAAACACAGACGGGGAGGAAGAGGAAGAGUCCCUGUGGGUUGGAGAACGGAGACUCUGUACCUUCCCCCAAAAGCGCACGAUCAGAGGAGGCCGUAUCACAGAAUGAGAUUCGCCCAGUCGCCAGGAUCCCCAGCAUCCAACUCCAUGGGGAAGGCUGUUUUAAUAGGACGAAGCACACAACGCCAGUACAGAAGGAGAGAAUCAGCCAAUCAGAACCCACAGACAUGGAGCUGGUGGAUAAAACCCUCAACUAUCCACUUCCUGAGACUGAGAGGGAAGGGGCCAAUGGAUACCACAAGGAUUCUGAUUGGCCGAUCCCAGAGGAAAUGGACCAGGAAGUCCUAGAUGAGGAUGAAGAGGGAGAAGAUGGUGUCUUUCUCCCAGAGAAGACUGUACCUACGUCACAACUGGCAGUGUCUUUUGUAGACACUGAGCCUGCACCAAAGGAGGUUAUCUAUCCCUUAGACAAGGCUGUAUUUGCCCUAGAGAAGACUUUAUCUCUCCCUCCGGUAGCCGUUUCUGCCCCAGAGAAGAUUUUACCUCCCUUACACUUGGCAGUUUCUGCCUCAAAGAAGAAUGUGGCUGCCCCAGAGAAAGCCUUGGCUCCACAGGUAACUGUCCCUAAUUUACAGGACACAGUCCGUCUCCUAGAGGAUCUGAUUGCCCCAGGGGAGACUGUCCCUCUGCUAGAGGAUUCUCUACCUGUCCCAGGGGAGGCUGUCCCUCUGCUAGAGGAUUCUCUACCUGUCCCAGGGGAGGCUGUCCCUCUGCUAGAGGAUUCUCUACCUGUCCCAGGGGAGGCUGUCCCUCUGCUAGAGGAUUCUCUACCUGUCCCAGGGGAGGCUGUCCCUCUGCUAGAGGAUUCUCUACCUGUCCCAGGGGAGGCUGUCCCUCUGCUAGAGGAUUCUCUACCUGUCCCAGGGGAGGCUGUCUCUCUGCUAGAGGAUUCUCUACCUGUCCCAGGGGAGACUGUCUCUGCCAUGGAGGAAGAUGCGGAGGGAAAGGAGCCUGUCCCUACCAUGGAGACUGUCCUGGUCUUGCAGGAGGCUCUAACUGUCUUAGAAGAGGCUACACCUGGCAUGAAGGACGGUCUAAGUGUCUUACUGAAAAAUAAGAAGGAUGAAGAGGUUCUAAUCGCCUUGGAGAAGAAGGAAGAAGUCGCUUCACUUGGGGCCUUGGAGGCUGUGUCUAUACCUGCUAUGAUUGAGGUUGUCCCUGCUUUAGAGAAAGAGGAGGAUGAUCUGCCUGUCUUUGACGAGGAAGAGAAGAUGCAGGAGGAAGAGUGCCCCCCACAGGGGGGGUGUAGACCCUGCAGUGUGGACCUCAGUCAGAGCAAAGUGCCUGAUAGUCAUGAUGAGGAAGAUGAGGAAGAUGACGGUCCUAUCAGAGCUAGAAGAAGAGCUCACAACGCCCGACGUCUAAGCACUGAGGAUGAGGAACAGGAAGUAAGCGUCAAAGAGGAAGUGGAAGUCCUGACACCGCCGCCGAAAAAGAAAAGGGGCCGGCCAAGAAAGACUGCUGUUAUUAAAUAUACGCAGGAAGUGUUGCCCGACUUUGACCCGGAAGUGAUCUCGACGGGGGAGUUGGUCCCAGUUCCCGGACCUCACCUGUUCUGGAGGAACGAGCACAGUCUGGAUUGGCUGAACACCUUGCUGAUAGCGUUGGUCCACUGUCGCACCCUGAGGGACAGACGACCCAUCAAGAGGCCCACUGUAGGUCAACCUGUCUGGGAUCUGUGUGAGAGGUACGACCGGGCCUCUAGUCUCAGCACGGCCUACCAACACACUGGCGCAGAUGGUGUAGUCAGAGUGCCCUCUGCGGUGUUACAGAGGGUCCAGACUGAGAUGCAGGCCAUCAGGACGGCCAUCUUUAAACUGCUGGAGCCUCUACUGAAAUGUAAACUGGGUCAGAAGGAGAGGCUGGUUUUCGCCCUGCCUCUCCUCCUCGGGGCUGACUCCUGGGCCGAACAGCUGUUCCAGCACGCGUAUGACUGGCAGUUUCAGUGUAUCUCAACAACUUGCCAGCAUGCCACCAAAACCAAAUGUAAGAAGACCCUCACCACCUUCACCAAGGUGGUUACUGAUUGGCACCCUCUCAAUGCUGCCAACCAAUCACGUUGCAACAAGUGUAAUAAGACGAAGCAAGCCAGGAUGUUGGUGCUGGAGAGGAUGUCUCCUGUGUUUGUGCUACACUUUGCAGAAGGUCUCCCUGACAACGCCCUAAGUGUGUACUCCUUCACCUUCCAGCAGCAGAGAUACUCCAUCACCACCCUCCUACAGUACGACCAGCCGCUCAACCACUUUGUCACCUGGAUACGCAGACCUGACGGAUCAUGGUUAGAGUUUGACGACCUGAAGCAUCCUGACUGUGUCUCGCACACCCAGCUGGUGGUCCCUCCUAGAGAGAUCCAUGUUGUCUUCUGGGAGUUGGAGACAGACCGACCGGACAACCCACAGACAACCUGCUCUUCUCAUCCCAAAACCCCGACGAGCACUUCCUUGAUACAGAAAGAACUGAAGCAACCUCACUUAUCCGAGCUCUUUGUCGUUAAUGAAUCUCUUGACCUUUCUCAGACGGUCUCUGAUGACGCAGACAUGGACGCCACCAUAACUGCUGACUAUAUAGAUAACAAUAUGGACACAACAUUAACGAAUAACGUAGACUCUCCCAUCAUCAUUGGUUCCACUUCCGUGCAUGCUGAUGUACCGGUCCAGUCCCGGUCUCACGACCUCUCUCUCCCUCUCGAUGACACGGCCGUUGUUGAGGCGCUGACGGUGUCUGACAAUACCGACAACGACAUCGUGGUCACCACGGUAACAGCCGGUGACCCGUCCAUCGGUUCUGCCACGCUGCUCGACACCUUCGAAGGCCUCUCCCACGAUGACAUCGUCACCCUGACGCUCGUAGAGGUCAAAAUGGACUCGGAGAGCAGGACGUUGGACGACGUCACCCCGGCGCCCGAACAAAACGGAAGAGACGUCUGCUUUCUCUCUGCUCCUAGAUCUCCGAGACCCUCCCAUCUGCCCAUGAAAUGACCAUCUGCCCAUGAAAUGACCCCAUCUGCCCAUGAAAUGCCCCCAUCUGCCCAUGAAAUGACCCCAUCUGCCCAUGAAAUGACCCCAUCUGCCCAUGAAAUGCCCACUGAAUCUGAAACGCCCUCAGAAACAGACGAUGAAGACCUCGUCGAAAGGCCAACGUCACCCGAUACGGCCAGUGAGUUUCUCCCUGACAGCAGUGACGGUCCGUCUGAGACAGACUCUGAAGAACUCACUCCUAGUCCUCCCAAGGUCAGGAGGGGCAGCAAUAGACCUAAAAUGGCGUCCAACACUCCAGUUGCUGCAGCAGCUAAGGUGGUCAAAUCAACAACAAAACCAAUGGCACUUCCUGGAAACUGCGGUGAAAUAAUCCUUCCUUCCGUUGUAUCUAUGAUGUCACCAUCAUGUGUGGAACCCAGCACCGCAGCACCAGAGUUCCCUCCAUCUCUCCCGCCCCACCCCAAAUACUCCAAUACCUCCAACUCUCUGCAGAGCACACCUGGUCUCCCUCCGCCACCCCACCCCCAAACCCCCAAUACCUCCAUCUCUCUGCAGAGCACACCUGGUCCCCCUCCAUCUCUCUCGCCCCACCCCAAAACCCCCAGUACCUCCAACUCUCUGCAGAGCACGCCUGAACUCCCUCCGCCACAGCACCCCAACUCCCACUGGUCGUACCUGCUCAGCCGCCACCCCACCUCCACCCCCACUCCCCCCAGCACCCAGAGACAACCCAACCACUCAACACCCAACCGCUUCCAGCAGCUUUCACAGACCCCUAAGAUGGCUCCCCUCAACCCAGACGCCAGGCUGAAGAAGCCUCCGCCUCUCCCCAAACCAAGACUCAGUAAGGAGGACAACGAGGCCCUGCCGGUGAAGGCCGCCGAGAUGUACGGAGGGUUCCGGGCCAAGAGCAGGAACGUAAAUACAAACGUAAACAACGUCUCUUCCAAGACUUCACCUCCAACCCAACUCCUCUCUCAAAGAAUUGACCCUCAAAAUGGUGUCUGGAAGACACCAAGUCAGCCUGGCGCCCUCGCCUCGCGAAAAACCCCUAUCGACAACACUACAGCAGCGUAUCCUAUCAUGACCUCACUUCCUCCUUCUCCGGGAGUCACGAAGCUCCAUAAAAUCUCUUCCUCCAGGAAUCAAGAUCCCGGUGGCCAGGUCUCGAAGGUUCCGGCCGGCCUCGGUGAGACAGAAGCCCUCAGGUACAAGCUGCUGAAGAAUCUGAAAGCCAAGAAGAAGAAACUAGAGAAGCUGAAUCAGAUGUUGGGUUACCAGGGGGCUGCAGUAGGACAGGAAGUGACCCGCAGACCAGACUGCGCCGACCUUCGCUCCCCCUCUACUGUUAGCUCCAGUACCUCCGCCUACGACAGCCCGGCUUACGACGAGUUCUUCGCCGACCUUCUGUCGCCCGCGACGACUGCCAGCAAUCUAUCACCGGACAGCACGGGCUUCCUGGAUAUGCUGACCACCAAUGGGCAAGAAGGGGGAGGGAACUUGGCGUGUGGGGGGAAUGCGAUUGGUGGAGCCUCGCAGGCGGUGACCUUACAACCGGCCAAUCACGGUGUAGUAAUGCCACUGCCUGGUCUAGAUGGGCCAAUCGUGACCUCCGGUGAGAACUUCCUGGAGGAGUUCAUAUCGGGGUCGGCCAAUCAGCAGAUGGAGACAGAAGCCCUCAGUGCUUUUGACCUGUUCUUUUAGGCUUCGUUAACCACAGGUCUAGGAUCUGCUAUCUGCUUAACAACCCCUGAGCUUAAACUACAAAACUUAGCUCAGAUCAGUGACGACAUCUCAGAUAUCUCCCUAAAUAGGGCGCUACUACUAGUCCUACAGAGCCUCUGGUCAGUAUUACAGAUCCUCUUCAAUGACAGGUUUUCUCACGUCUAAUUCUUUGAGUAGGUCACUAUAUAGGAAGUAGAGUUGCCAGUUUAGACGUAGACAGUUGCUAGGAGAAACGACAUGCUACUACACCUUUCAGUCGUGUGUGUGUGUGUGUGUGUGUGUGUGUGUGUGUGUGUGUGUGUGUGUGUGUGUGUGCAUCAGUGGGUUGUUCUGUUAUUGGUAGCAUGUUGUCACACAAAGCGGAAUCUUAACAGCUUGCCCGUUAAACAUCAACACUCCGAUAUCGUUCAUGUAUUUACUUGUUUACAAAAGAAUGUUGAAGUUGAAUAAUGUUGAUAUUCACUGAAGCUCUGUUCAAAAUGCCACCUUAUUCCCUAUAUAGUGCACUAUAUUUUGACCAAGUCCUAUUAAGGUCCUCAAGUAAAAAAAUAGACAGACUUGAGGCUUUUAAACGAAUGUGAAACAGAGAGAGCUUGUUUCAGAGUAAAGUUAAUAGGCGAGUGAUCUGAUCUUGCUUCAUAAUGUUCAGAAGAAAUCACGAUACUGUUUUUUGCUUUGAUUUGCCCUUUUAUUUUUUGUUCUUAUUGUGUUUUGUCUGAAUUACUUAAAAUCCUGAACUAGGAUAAAAGCCUGACAACUAGGAUAGAAGAUAGAAGCUGGGUUUGUGUUUUAGUGGUGGUAGGAACUCUUAUCUUGUCCAUCAGUUAUUUUGAAUGUAUUUUUGUAAUACAAAAGUGACAGUUGUAAAAUGUUGUACAGGAUUGGGUACUGUAUGUAAUUCUAAUAAAAUCAAAUGCUUUCUUUACAUGGA